GUCUGAAAACAACUUUGUGCAACCUGCGAUUCCACGCUUUGAUGGUCACUAUGACCAUUGGAGUAUGCUAAUGGAGAACUUUCUACGGUCAAAAGAGUAUUGGCCGAUCGUUGAAUCUGGAAUUCAAGCACCAGCAACAGAUACAGUCUUGACAGAUGUCCAGAAAACAGAGUUGGAAGGGAGAAAGCUCAAAGAUUUGAAGGCAAAAAAUUAUCUUUUUCAGGCAAUUGAUCGUUCUAUCUUGGAAACAAUUCUUAGCAAAGAAACUUCCAAAGAUAUUUGGGAUUCCAUGAAGAAAAAAUAUCAAGGCUCUGCUAGAGUGAAGCGUGCACAGCUUCAAGCUUUGCGAAGAGAUUUUGAGACUCUACAAAUGAAGGAUGGGGAAUCUGUCACCAGUUAUUGUGCCAGGACUAUGGAGAUCAGCAACAAAAUGCGAUUUCAUGGUGAGAAGAUGGGAGAUGUCACCAUUGUGGAAAAGAUAUUGCGUUCCCUCACACCAAAAUUUGAUUAUGUUGUGUGUUCCAUUGAAGAAUCCAAAGAUAUAGAUGUUUUUUCUCUUGAUGAACUGCAAAGCUCCUUGCUGGUCCAUGAACAGAAGAUGAACCGAAGUUCAACUUCAGAGGAGCAAGCUUUAAAGGCUUCUAUCUCUACUCAUUUCUCAAACUUUAGAGGAAGGGGUAGAGGUAGAGGUAGAGGAAGGGGAGAUCGAGAUCAAUAUUUUGACAAAUCAAAGGUAGAGUGCUUUAGAUGUCAUAAAUUUGGACAUUAUCGUUCUGAAUGUUAUACUAAGCUGCCUGAAGACGAAGAAAAGGAAGCGCAAUCGAAUUUUGCCGAAAAGAAGGAAGUGGAAACUUUGUUAAUGGUUGCUAGUCCUUGCAUUACCAAAAGGGAUAAAUUGUGGGAUUAUCUCAAUUUUAUUGCCAGCUGCCACCAAAUGCCUUGGCUUGUUGCUGGUGAUUUUAAUGAUAUGCUUCACCUAGAUGAUAAAGCAGGGGGAUCUCCUUUAUGCAGACUCAAGGGUUUUAGAAAGUGGUUUGAUGAAAAUGAUAUGAUCGACUUAGGUUUUUCUGGACCCAAAUUUACUUGGAGCAACAAAAGGGUCUUUGAAAGAAUUGAUAGAGGUAUUUGCAACAUUCAAUGGAGGCGGUAUUUUGCUGAAGCUUUUGUGCACCACCUCCCGAAGACCAAGUCUGACCACUGUCCUAUUAAAAUCUGCCUCAAAUCGCGAAUUGCGUCCUGCCCCAGCUCUAGGCCUUUCAGAUUUGAAGCUAUGUGGCUAAAGCAUGAUCAUUUUCGUGAUUUUAUUUCUCGACUGUGGAAAGAAUAUGCUGGGUCUGCUUUGGAGAAAUCUUGUAGUCUGGUGGAGCCCCUCAAACUUUGGAACCAUACUGUGUUUGGCCAUUUGAAGCAAAGGAAAGCCGAGCUCCUUGCUAGACUCAAUGGUAUCCAAAAAGCUUUGUGUCACAUGCCUAAUCCUUACCUCAGCCUUUUGGAAAAUUCUCUAAUUGGGGACUAUAAUGCAGUCUUGGAACAAGAGGCUUUAUUCUGGCAGCAGAAAUCAAGAGUGAAAUGGCUGCAAGAAGGGGACCGAAACACCAAGUUUUUCCACUUAACUACCAUCAUCAGAAGAAGAAAAAACAGAAUUGAAAAAUUAAAGAUGGAUAAUGGUAUUUGGGUGGAGGAUGCUAAUGGUAUAAAAGACCUUGCUGUGAAUUAUUUCCUUGACCUUUUCUCUGAGAACCACCGGGAUUACAACUUACCCACUAUGCCUAAUUUAUUUCCCAGCAUUAUGGAGAAUGAUCUAGCUUCUUUGGGGGCUAAUAUUGAUAUCAGCGACGUCAAGGAUAGCCUUUUCAACAUUGGUGGCCUGAAAACCCCGGGUGUAGAUGGGUUCCCUGCUUGCUUCUAUCAAAAUCAGUGGAAGUUGUGUGGUGAGGAUAUCUAUAAGAUGGUCGCCCAAGCCUUCAGUGACUGCAGAAUUCCCACAGGUUUGAAUGCUACCUUGAUAACCCUUAUUCCUAAACUAGAAAAUCCUGUGCUUAUGACGCAUUUUAGACCCAUUAGCCUUUGCUGCACUCUCUAUAAGGUUAUUUCUAAAGUGAUUGUUGCUAGAUUGAGGCCUAUUCUGCCAAAGCUCAUAAGCCCUCAUCAAGUUAGCUUUGUUCCUGGGAGACAUAUUACUGACAACAUUCUGAUUGCUCAAGAACUCAUGCAUAAAUUCAGGCACACUAAGGGCAAAAAAGGCUUAAUAGCGUGGAAGAUCGAUCUGUCUAAAGCCUAUGACAGACUUAGUUGGAGUUUCAUCGAAAUGGUUCUUAAUGAAAUUGGGCUUCCACCUAAUCUGAUUCUUUUGAUCCUUCAGUGUGUCUCUUCUGUCACUUAUCAAGUGUGUGUAAAUGGGGAACUCACUGAGACCUUCACUCCUAAAAAUGGUAUUCGACAAGGUGACCCCCUCUCACCUUAUCUCUUUGUCCUUUGUAUUGAAAAACUAUCACAUCUCAUUGUAGAUGCUGUAGAGAAGCGUACUUGGAAACCAGUAAAUUCUGCUCGAACUGGGCCUGCUGUAUCCCAUUUGUUCUUCGCCGACGACUUGAUUCUUUUUGCUGAAGCGAGCACGCAGCAGGCUAGAGUCAUGAAACAAUGCCUUGAGAUUUUCUGCAAAGCCUCGGGCCAAAUUGUCAAUUUUGAGAAAUCAGCUAUCUACUGUUCCCCGAAUACUAAUAAGGAGUUAGCGGCUGAAAUCAGUUUUAUUUCUGGGUCACCUCUCACAAAUAAUUUAGGCAAGUACUUGGGGAUGCCUCUGUUGCACACUAGGGUGAAUAAGGCCACCUACUGCAAGCUUGUGGAGAAAAUGCACGCUAAACUUGCAUCCUGGAAAAGUAAAGUACUUUCUAUUGCAGGAAGAGCAACUCUAAUCCAAGCUGUCACCUCUGCUAUUCCUAUUUAUGCUAUGCAAACUGUCAAAUUGCCUAUGAGUAUUUGUGGGGAUCUUGAUAGAUUAAAUCGGAAUUUUUUUUGGGGAGGCAGUGACAAGAAACAGAAAAUUCAUCUAUGUCAGUGGGACAUUGCAAGUAGACCUAAGAGCCAUGGUGGUCUUGGCUUCAAGAAAACUCAUCAUAUGAACCAAGCCCUUCUAGCUAAAAGUGCCUGGAGAUUAUUGAAGAAGGAGGAGGGCUUGUGGCUUGGAAAAGGAGAUCGUGUCAACUUUUGGAAAGACAAAUGGUUAUGCGAUGAAGCUCUUAUCUACCAUGUGGAUGCUACUCCUGAUAGAGAUUUGAAUGUUGCUGUCUCAGAUUUCUUUACUAAUGGCUGGUGGGAUGUAGAAAAGCUACAAAGUGUGCUACCUGAGGAUUGGGUCCAGAAAAUUAUAAAUUGUCCUGCUGACUUUGGGGGGCGGUUAAAGGACUGCCAAAUCUGGAAACCUACUCCUAAUGGGUUGUUCUCUGUCAAGUCGGCGUACAACUUACUUUUCAAAGGGACAGAGUGGUUACAUCCUUGGUGGAAAGUGCUAUGGAAACUCAGAAUCCCUCCCAAGAUUCAAAUUUUCUUCUGGUUGGUUUUCCAGGAAAAAAUUUUGUCGAAUGAACAGCGUACUCACAGGCAUUUAACUGCAAAUCCGGAUUGUAACAUCUGUGAGUGGCCUAUUGAAUCAACCAUGCAUAUCCUGCGGGACUGCCCUAGAGCAAGAAGAGUGUGGAAUUUAUUUAUUGUUAAUAUUCUUGACUCCUUCUACCAAGCUGAGUUACACCCUUGGCUUUUAAACAACCUGUGCUCUAAGGUACAAUCCUCUCAAAUCCCUUGGAAAAUUUUAUUUGUGUUCAUCUGCUGGCACAUAUGGAAAUGGAGGAAUGAGUUUAUCUUUAAAAAUGAAGCACCGCUACCUUAUAAUAUGCGAGAAAUAAUUUUGUCUGAUGCUAAGGAAUGGAUUAAAGCUACUGCUGCCAUCCAGAAUAAUAUUGAUAGGGUGCAUGUCAUGCUGGCUUGGAUUCCCCCUGUUUUGGGGGUGGUUAAACUAAAUGUGGACGGAUCCCGCAAAGAAAGUAUUGGAGCUAUUGGUGCUGGAGGAGUUCUCAGAGACCACCUAGGACAAUGGCUUGGUGGGUUUGCUGUCAAUUUGGGGAAAGGAAAAAUUCUUGAAGCUGAGUUAUGGGGCUUGUUUUUUGGCCUAAAGCUUGCUGUGGAAAAACAUGUUGAUGAUGUUGUUAUUGAAAUGGACUCAGCUAUUGCUGUGAAGCUCAUACAGAAUGCUGAGGUGGAUAAUUUUCAUCCUACUGCUGGCCUGGUUAGUAAUUGCAAGAGGAUCAUGAACCAGUUUAGAAGGGUUGACAUUCAACACAUUUAUAGAGAGAGGAAUUCUGUUGCAGAUGGUUUAGCUACUUGGAGUCACAACCUUGACAUGGGGUAUUGGUACCUUGAUGAUAGCCCUGUUUGGAUUGGCAACCUGUUGACUGAUGAUUCGCUGGGGGUUGCUAAGACCCGUUUGAUAAAUGUUGUGUGCAAAUAUGAAUUUACAGAGUGGGUUUUGUGCAGAGGAGGUUCUGAUUUCUGGGUUUGGUGUGAUAUGGAAAUGUGUGAAAGGUCUAAAGUUGUGAUUCUGGGGUUGCUAAAAUCGCGGGAUAAGUUGGAGAAUUCAAUAGCUAAGGCUAGACGCAUGGAGAAGGUUCUUUGGGCAGCAUUGGUGGUGUCGUGGAUGCUGAUUGCAAUGUUCUUCCUUGGAGGGAAUGGUGGAUCAGAUGGAUUGAAGCUGAAGACUUUGGAAUUGGCAUGA